CAACGCGGACGCGGAGAACCCGUCCAGAGUGCGCGCGGCUCUUUUGGCUCAAUAAGAUGUGUUCACCUGCAGCGCGCCGCUGGAUGCACGUGUGAGCUUCUCCUGUUGCUUGACGGACCGAUACACACGUUUCCCCCCCACGCACCACGUUGAUUCAUCUCGCGCGUAAAAAGCGGGCUUUGCGCGUCAGGCGGCAGCAGACGCGUCCAAGAUGGACAACUUCACCGCGGCGGCUCCGGGGCUCAACGACACCUUGGGGUGGUGGACGGACUACAGCCUGCAGUACAAAGUGAUCAGCAGUGUGCUGCUUCUGGUCAUCUGCGCGCUGGGGGUCGUGGGCAACGUGAUGGUGGUCCUGGUGGUGCUCACCACCAAACACAUGCGGACUCCCACCAACUGCUACCUGGUGAGUCUGGCGGUGGCGGACCUCAUGGUGCUGACGGCGGCCGGUUUGCCGACGUUCACCGACGGGCUCUUCGGCUCGUGGGUGUUCGGCCACUACGGGUGCCUGUGCAUCACCUACUUCCAGUACCUGGGGAUCAACGCGUCCUCCUGCUCCAUCACCGCGUUCACCAUCGAGCGCUACAUCGCCAUCUGCCACCCCAUCAAAGCGCAGUUCCUGUGCACGCUGUCCCGCGCCAAGAAGAUCAUCCUGUUCGUGUGGGCCUUCACGUCUCUGUACUGCGUCAUGUGGUUCUACCUGUCGGACAUCGAGCAGCUGGUGUACGACAACGUCACCAUCGUCGCGUGCGGCUACCGGGUGUCCAGGAAGUUCUACCUGCCGGUCUACUUCUUCGACUUCGGGGUGUUCUUCGUGCUGCCGCUGCUGCUCUCCGCAGUGCUGUACGGCCUCAUCGCCCGGAUCCUCUUCCUCAACCCGCUGCCCUCCGACCCCACAGACAAGAAGAAGAAGAAGAAGAAGAAGAAGCAGGACGGAGCGGUGGGAGGCGACAAGAGGACCAGCUGCAAGAACUCGCGCCACUCCAGCUCCACCGCGACCUCGCGCAGACAGGUGACCAAGAUGCUGGCCGUGGUGGUGAUCCUGUUCGCCACGCUCUGGAUGCCGUACCGCACCCUGGUGGUGGUCAACUCCUUCCUGGACCGCGCCUACCUGGACAGCUGGUUCCUGCUCUUCUGCCGCGUCUGCGUCUACCUCAACAGCGCCGUCAACCCGGUCAUCUACAACGCCAUGUCGCAGAAGUUCCGCGCCGCCUUCCGCAAGAUCUGCCGCUGCGGCAGGAAAGGCUCCGACAAGCCCGCCGCCGCCUACGCCUACGGCGUGGCCCUCACGUACAGCGCCGUCAGCAAGGACACGUCCGUGGCGGAGAGCGCCGACCACUUCACCACCGAGCUGGAGGGGCUCGCCGCCACCGACGAGCUGCUGGCGGAGCAGAAGGCCGUGUGCCCGGACCCCCGCGCCUACGAGAAGGUGGACUUCAGCGACGCCUGAGGUUCCCGCCGGAGGCCGGGCGGACGAUCCUCAGGGAGGGCGGAUCGAGAAGCGAGGAGUUUGGAGAUGCGGCUUCAUGGAUUCUGCUGAGAGGGAAUAUGGUUUCCUGAGUGCCUGCUGACCUUUUCAAAAGACGGACACGUAAACACAGAUGACAGCCGCCGGCGAGAGGCCCCGGUCCACGAGGGCCGAGAACGACGGCGGACAUUGUCGAGCGCCGCGCGUCGACAGAUAAGCGCUCCGUUAUCGCGCCUCGGACCUGCCGAUAAGCGGUAAACCGCCGGCGAGUCAACGAUAAACAUGUGAAGUGAAACGCCGCGCUCCACUUCAGAUGUAUGAUAUCAAACUAGGAACCAGAAGAGUGGCGAGUCGGGUUCGAAUUCAUUCCAGGAUGUCCAGGAUGGGUCGGUUUCCUCAGCUUCAUUCAGACUUUUGGGAUUUCAGGCCGAGAAAAAGAAAAGAAAAAGAGUCUAUUUUCACACCCCGAAAAAGCAGAUCUUAUAACUCUUUGUGAUCCCGCCCCCCAGAAGAUUUCCGGGCCGACUGCCCAGUGAAGGGUGAGUCACGACCUUCACAGACACAACGGGUUCGACUUCUGAAGCCUUGAAGUGUGGAGGUUCUCCACAAAGGUCCCUGGAUGGUUUGUCAAAUUCAAAAAGUGCCACGAUGACGUUGAUUGUGUUGUUUUGGCGACUUCAUUAAGGGUUUAUAAUGUGUCACUUAUUGCUUCAAAACAAGAAACGAGGCUUUACGGAUUAAUAAUUCGGUGGUUGGUUGCUGCGUGUAUUCCUGUUUCAUGUCAAACCCCGUUUCCAACAUGGCCGACAUGUUUUCUUCAGUUGCAAUUCAAUGGGCUCUGCAUUGUGGGCGUGGUCACCCACCAUUGACCGCGCCCACACGUGAUGUCACAGUGGGACUUUCUCAGUUUUAUAAUAGUUAUAAAUCUUUCCAAACUCUUCUUGACACAUUUUGAUACCGAAAUAGUUAAAACUUAUAAACCCUUAAUACACUAUUUAUAACACAGAUUAGGAGAACAAUGAACGAGUUUAGGCAGCAGAGGUUUAAACCUCGAUGCGUCCCGAUGUAAAAGACGAUAAUGUGUACAGUGCGACGGAGACUUGGUGUAACAUAAACAACGUGUGGACGUAUUCCGGAUGCAUCCGUGUCCAAAGUGACGUGAAUGUUUGGUAUCAUGUGGAUGUAACCGGCUUCGCUCUCUAGCCGGCGGCCGAUGGAGACGUGGAAUGUCGUUAAGCAGCAGAGGAAGACGAUGGAGCUCUUGCUCUGGAACGGGGGGGGGGGGGUGUCAACUACUGCUGUAUUUAAAAUGCUGCAAUUCCUGCUUCAUGAUUGUGCCUGUAAACGCCUCGCCGCGUAUCAGUGGGUUCAUUCCCCGUGUAUUUAGAGGGAUCGUUAUUUAUGGUUAUCUGUGUAUCUCAUCAACGCCACUCUGGUUGUUGCCCACUCAAACUGUAUUAAUAGGGUUUUUGUGAUGAACAAUUUGGAAGCCGCUGCCUUGGACCUGCUUGUUGCGUAAUAAUGUAAUCCUGUGAGUUUAUGUUAUUGUCUUCUAGAAAAGUGUACAGAUGUGUAUCUUUAUGUUGCACAAUAAAGUUGUUCC